CUUACACGCAUUUGACAUUGAAAUUUCUUGCGUGAUACAGAAUUUGGUCCAUGGGCCCCCAAUUUUGCCGAGUUUGAUUCCUUGGGAGUUACAACACUUUAGAACAAACAUGUUGGGCGCUAUGAAAAUUCUCAUUGACACUCCGCCAUAUAUGCCAAAUGUGGUCUCUACAGUAAUUGAGCAAAACGACCACGCAUCCAAGGAGGGAUCAAGCGUUGACUCACAAGUUGGAGAUGAAGUGGACAUCGGACUCGAAGCAAUAAACAAAGAUGACAGGAGGUUCAACGUUGUGGACAAAAAUGAAGAAUAUGAUAUUCCAAAAAGUGUUGACAAAGUGACAGAUGCAAAUGGUAAACAAGAACACUCACCUAUGUUGAUUGCCACCAUCAAGUUGUUUGAGCUUGUCGAUGUGGUCAAGAUGGAGCACCUGAUUUCACCGAGAGCAACUGCAUAUGUUCUGCGCUCCGUCUCAUCUUUCCAUCACUUUGCUCCAAGAUCCAAGAUGGUGGAAGAUUCAAAGAGUGGAUUGCUCCUUUGGUUCAGCAUUCUUUCUCCAGUCCUAAAGCAUGAGUGGGAGCCUCCACCUUGAGGACAAG